CAUCUCAAAUUUUUCAUGACUUGUUCGCACUGUUCUAAGAGUUGUGAUUGGCUCGAUCUCUGUUCAUUUUCUGUCCGGACGGCACUUGAAUCGAAAAAAAUCACUUUCACCCUCAUUUACGUAAACUUUGCCCAUUUCGACCCAGCCAGCUGACGAAGCUUGAAAAAUGCCACCUGCGGCUUCAGCAGCACCCGCACCAGCCCCUGUACCGGCGACGGACACUCAGGUCGGCAUCAAUGCCAUCCUUCUUGGACCCCCUGGCUCAGGAAAGGGAACUCAGGCCCCUCUCCUGAAAAAGAAAUACUGUGUGUGCCAUUUGUCAACGGGUGACAUGCUCAGGGCUGAAAUUGGCACCGGCUCUCCAUUGGGCCAGACGCUGAAGAAAACUCUGGACGCAGGAGCUCUCGUCAGUGAUGAUUUGGUUGUGGAUCUUAUUUCGACAAAUCUGGAUAAGCCAGAGUGCAAAAACGGCUUCCUCCUUGACGGCUUCCCCCGCACCAUUCCUCAAGCGGAAAAACUGGACAAACUGCUCGACAAACGUAAGGCCAACCUGGACGCGGUCAUUGAGUUUGGCAUUGACGACAGUCUCUUGGUCAGAAGAAUCACCGGCAGAUUAAUACACGUUGCCAGUGGCCGCUCAUAUCAUGAAGAAUUCCACCCACCCAAGAAAUCAAUGACUGAUGAUAUUACAGGAGAGCCAUUGAUACGUCGAUCUGACGACAACGCAGAGACUCUGGUAAAGCGUCUCGAAGCAUACCACAAGCAGACGAGUCCUCUCGUCGAAUACUACAAGCUCAAAGGCAUCCAUCAUUACAUUGACGCUUCCAAGGUGUCUUCUGAUGUUUUCAGCAAAAUCGACAACAUUUUCCAGACAGCCCGCAGCAAGGACAAGGUCCUAUUUGUCUGAGCGCCAUCGCAACUACUUACUAGUAGCGCUUUUAAUUAAUGUGAAACAAAUCACCAGAUCGGGCAAACCAAAAUUAAUUAAAUCAGUGUGCACUGAAAGCAGAUAGUUUGGGAAUAAUUUUUCAGAGAGAAGCUUUAUAAAAAAGUACAGGGUUGUUGGGAAAAGUUGUGUUAUUUUUUGGUGCCACCGCACCGGCAAUAAAAAGUUCUAUCAAAGUAA